AUGUUACAUGAGACUCAGAGCGCUACUCUUGGUGGCCGCGUGUCAUCUGUUCACCGCCGCGCCCGGUUGGUGGCUCAUUCUUGUCUCUCCACACAAACCACCUAUCAACCCCGCAGAUCGGUUCCUGAGUGGUCUAUUCGCGAGGCAUUGAUAAGACGAGAAGCGGAUGUAAUGUUGCUAAUGGAAAUAGCAUCCUUUCCGCUCCGACAAACGCACGAGGAAAAUGAAUACUUGGGAGUACUUUGWCAAUAA